CCGGCCGGCCCGGGUAGUCGCGUCUCCUUGGGCGCUUGUGGUCUUCCGGUGUACCAUACUCUUGCCAUCCUCGGUGCUCAAACGUCCCACCAGUGCUCGCAUACCGCCAUUGCACCACCCCGGCCUGCAGAUCCAACAUGGACGCCAGGCUUCGUCGCGUGAACAAGGAGAUCGCGGGUGCGUACCAAACGAGGCCCUCGGUAGCCCCAUGAUGCACCUCAUACAUUCCAGCCAGACUGCAAGAACGACAAGUCCUCGAACAUCGAGAUCGAUCUCGUCGACAACUCGCCGUUCCACCUAAUAGGCUCGUUCGAUGGCCCUGAGGACACCCCAUACGAGGGCGGCCACUUCCAGGUCGACAUCGUCAUCCCCGAUUCAUACCCGUUCCAGCCGGUCAAGAUGAAGUUCAUUACGAAAAUCUACCACCCGAACGUCUCCUCCGCGUCGGGCGCGAUCUGCCUUGACAUCCUCAAGGACGCCUGGAGCCCCGUGCUCACGCUCAAAUCCACGCUCAUCUCCCUCCAGUCGCUCCUCUGCUCGCCCGAGCCGCGCGACCCCCAGGACGCCGAGGUCGCGAAGCACUUCAUGACCAGCAAGAGCAGCUUCGAGGAGACGGCGCGGUAUUGGACGGAGAUCUACGCGGGCGGCCCGGGCAAGGGCAAGGCGGCGGGGCCUAGGGACGAGGUGGCGAUGGCGGGCUUAGACCCGGCGCAUGUGCAGCAGUUUCAAUCGCUGGGGUUCGAGAAGGGAAAAGUGAUCGAUGUGUUGCGACGAAUGAAUUACCGCGGGGCGAACGUUGCAAAUAUCAACGACGACAGGGUGGUUGAGGAGCUCCUGAAGCCAUAGCAUACUGUACCACUGCACAAAGCCAUCUGUAUAACAUUGCCCCGACUAUCCUGGUCUUUCACAUAUACCUUGCAAGUAAGCGCUGCAGAUCA